AUGGGAGGAGCUGUGGUGGACGAGGGUCCCACCGGCAUCAAGGCCCCCGAUGGGGGCUGGGGCUGGGCCGUCCUCUUUGGCUGUUUCAUCAUCACGGGCUUCUCCUAUGCCUUCCCCAAAGCGGUCAGUGUUUUUUUCAAGGAGCUCAUGCAUGAGUUUGGGAUUGGCUACAGCGACACAGCUUGGAUCUCCUCCAUCCUGCUGGCUAUGCUGUAUGGCACAGGCCCACUCUGCAGUAUGUGUGUGAACCGCUUUGGCUGCCGGCCCGUCAUGCUUGUGGGUGGCCUCUUUGCGUCCCUGGGGAUGGUGGCUGCAUCCUUCUGCAGAAGCAUUAUCCAGAUCUACCUCACCACAGGGGUCAUCACUGGCUUGGGUCUGGCUCUCAACUUCCAGCCCUCCCUCAUCAUGCUCAAUCGAUACUUCAACAAGCGCCGCCCUAUGGCCAAUGGGCUGGCAGCAGCAGGCAGUCCCGUGUUCCUUUGUGCACUGUCUCCACUGGGGCAGCUGCUGCAGGACCACUAUGGCUGGCGGGGUGGCUUCCUCAUCCUGGGAGGCCUGCUGCUCAACUGCUGCGUGUGUGCUGCACUCAUGAGACCACUGGUAGCACCCCAGGCGAGUGGAGGGGCUGAGCCCCAUGGACCCCAGCGGCCGUCUCCGCGCCUGCUAGACCUGAGUGUCUUCCGAGACCGUGGCUUCCUCAUCUAUGCUGUGGCUGCCUCAAUCAUGGUGCUGGGGCUCUUUGUGCCUCCGGUCUUUGUGGUGAGCUAUGCUAAGGAUAUGGGUGUGCCUGACACAAAGGCUGCCUUCCUUCUCACCAUCCUGGGCUUCAUCGACAUCUUUGCCAGGCCCACGGCGGGUUUCAUAACAGGGCUCAAGAAGGUGCGGCCCUACUCUGUCUACCUCUUCAGCUUUGCCAUGUUCUUCAAUGGCUUCACUGACCUGACAGGCUCCACGGCCAGUGACUACGGUGGCCUGGUGGUCUUUUGCAUCUUCUUUGGGAUCUCGUAUGGCAUGGUGGGAGCGCUACAGUUUGAGGUGCUCAUGGCUAUCGUGGGCACUCAAAAGUUCUCCAGUGCCAUUGGUCUCGUGCUGCUGUUAGAGGCUGUGGCUGUGCUCAUCGGACCCCCAUCAGGAGGCAAGCUGCUGGACGCAACGAAAGUUUACAAGUAUGUGUUCAUCCUGGCGGGGGCUGAGGUGCUCACCUCCUCCCUUGUGCUGCUGCUGGGCAACUUCUUCUGCAUCGGGAAGAGGAAGAGGCCCGAGGUGACAAAGCCUGAGGAGGUGGCCUCAGAGGAGGAGAAGCUCCACAAGCCCCCUGUGGACGUGAGGGUGGACUCGAGGGAGGUGGAGCACUUCCUGAAGGCAGAGCCUGAGAAAAACGGGGAGGUGGUUCAUACCCCGGAAACCAGCGUGUGAGCGGCCUGGCCGGGCGGGCAGGGAGCAGGGAAGAGGUCCAGAGACUGGCAACGCUCAUAUUUAUUUCACAAACAGGACCAGCUGAGGCGGGGCCAUCGGCUCAGCUCUUGGCUGCCUGGUCAGCGGGUCAGUGUUUUGCGGGGAGAGGUGGCGGGGUGGGAACCGCGUCAUUCCAAAGUGGAUCUGCGGUGAAGCCAAGGAAGCCCCACAGUUACCAGCCGCCUAUAACCAGGGACCCAGCCUGCUGAGCCCAAGCAGCCUGUGGCUCCCCCGCCCCCACCACUGUGGCCAAGGACCUAGAAACCCACACUUAGGAGACAACACGACUUUAAUCAGAGGGCAGGGCUGGGACAGGCUGGCAGGUGGGCACUGCCUGCAGGGUCCUCCCUGAUCCCCACCAUCCUACCCCCAACUUCAGCCCCAGUCUCCUAUAUUGCCAAUCCUCCAUAUCUCUGUCUAGGGGACAAAGAACUCCUUCUACCUGAGAAGGCAGAGAUAGACAUCUCUGUGGGAGGAUCACCAAAGGGCCUGUCUCUAGGAGCUGUGUGGUUUCUGGGCAGUGGUCUGUUCACCCUGAGUCCCACCUUUGUUAAAUAACAAACUCCUGAUUCUUAAGUGGUUCUGACCCUCAUUAGCUCUCCCAGUUCUGCCUGCUGUAACACUCUCUGCUGCCCCUAGGGUUUGUUCAGUAGCCACAGCAUUCAUACAGCAGGAAGAAAAUGGGAGGGGAAAUAGCAAGGGAGGGAGCCCCAUGCUAGAGAGGGGUGCCUGGGUGGCAUGUGGAGGCCAUGGGGAACCCCAAGGGCGAGCUGAGAUACAGCAUAAGCUGUCACUGUGGGUGGGUUUCCAACAUAAGUCUCCUGCCUUCUGUUUAUUCACCCCUCUGGAGGGCUGGUAAAUUUCUCUACGUGGUCAGCACCUGCUGAUCUCUGUUCCCCGUCCUCUGUCCAGCCCAUGCUCAGCUUGCCCUGGGCACCUCACACCCACCUGCCCUGUGGCCGGUGGCGGCCUGCGUGGCUGGAAGCCCGGUCAGAGGCCGCUGGGGCCGCCUCAGUAGGUGGUACGUCGUGGGCGCUGGGGACGGCAGCGGGCACCUUGGCGGGCCGCGUGCAGCCGGAGAGAUGCCAUGUCCCUGCUCCUCUGCAAGGAAAAGGAGGCGAGUGCUCAUAUCUGGGCCCAGCCUCCCAUACCCCACGUUGGGUCUGGCCCUGCUCAGUUCCAUGACCCAGUUGAGGCUCUGGGACGCCUCUCCCAUCUGGUCUGUUUUCUGUACUAGGAGGUCAGCUGGUGGGCGCUGCUGGUAGCAGCAGCGGUCACAUGCAUCCUGGGAGUCUCAUUUGCCAACCUCACCAGAAUUAGUGGGAAUGGCAAGGACCUAAGGCUAAGCCCCAGCUGUAGCUGUUAGCUGCCUCUUGAAGCCAGUGGGCGAGUGGGUAGCAUUCUUGUGCAGAGACAUUGGGCCCCUGGACUUAGUCUGCUCUGCCUACCCUCAGCCCCACUCCUCAGCCUUCCCACCCCCACCUCCCCAGGCUUCAGGCCUUCUACUUCUAGACCUUGCGGCAGUGACCGACUGUACUGAUGGGAUCAUUGGUUGAGAGUGGCUCUUGGGAGGGGCAGGCUCCUACAACUAUCUGUACUGAUCAGACUCAUUACUCGCACCCAGAACAUGUGAUAGUUGGGAACAUGAAGCAGCCAAGAAAUGGCAAAAGGGCUAGGUUUCCUGCACACAGACAAUCAUGGAUAAGAUGCUGGGGCCCUUUUUUAGUAGUUGUUCUUCAUAGGGGAGAGAGAGUGGGCUGGGGCCUUUUUAAGGGAGAUGCUGGGUGGCCCUGAGGCUCCUCUCAGGUCUACACAUGAUGGGACCCCACGCUCACGGCAGCAGUCUCUGGGCCCUAAAAUGAGCAGCUAGUUUCAUCCGUUUGCAUUUCUGCCCUCAAAGUAUGGCUGCUGGGCUCCCUAGAGUGGUGACCAACCCAAGCAGCUGAUGCAAGAAGCCAGAAGACUUAAGGCCUGAGUGCCCCUGCAGCAGCUGAGGACAACACUGAACCCUAUAGGGGGCUGAAUGACUACCAAGGGAAGGUUGUACUUCAGAUCCUAUGAAGACCCAAGCCUGAGCAAACAAUGGAGAGGCCUGUCCAUCUAGACCCAGCUAUAACUGGGACUGCUAUAACCCAGGGGAACAGGUUAGGACACCCCAUCACCCCCAAACCAGCCUGAGGCAAAUGAGCAAGUUUAUAGGCUACUGCUGCCCCACCUGCUGACCUGUCUCCUCAGUCCCCUGCCCUAUCUUGGUAGAGGACACAUGGAGGUGAGGGUGUGGCUGACUCAGCAGCCCAGUGGACAGAUCCUACGUCAUCUGAGGAGUCUGGGCGGGGCUCCUGGAAGGCAGCUGCUCAGACUCACAGGGGGGUUGCAGGACCAUGGGUCUCCAGUGUAGACAAUGUUCUCUUGGAUGUGCAGUCCACCCAGCUCUAGCGCUAAGACUGAUUGAUCCUUUCACCUCUUGCCUAAGUGCCCUUACAGGAGAGGGAAGUCCCUAACACUGCAAUGCUCACAGGGUUCCCCUGGCUCAAAGAGCAGGGAGUACUAGGCUGGGGAAGUCUGCCCACAUUUCAUCUCCUAGCUCAGUGGUUUUCAGUCCUCCCUAGUGCUGUGACCCUUUAACACAGUAUUCUAUUGCUACUAAUAACCAGCUUUGCUAUUAUGAAUCAUAAUUAAGUAUCUUUGGAGAUAGAGAUUUAAGUGGCUGUGACCCACCCACAGGCUAAGAAACUGUUAAGGUGAAGGGGAUGGAGUGGGACAACAGAUUCCCUUCUGGAGCCAGGUUGGAAUGUUCAAGGUACAGGUAGAAAAGACUGAAGAGUAACCUGGAAGAGACUAGAGCGAGUUGAGGGGCGGCUAGAGGGGCAGGACAGUGGGAGGUACUUUCUAGCAUGUCCACACUCGCCACAUGCAGGGACUACCAAGUGGCUUUUGGCCAUAAAUCCUGCCAGAACUUUACUACUACAAUUGAGCCUCUAAGUUCAACUGGCCAAGCUCAUCAGGCUGUGGGACACAGAUUAGGAAUUCCCAAGAGGACAGGCUUCCAAACAGGAACAGACUUAGUUCUAGCAGCCUGACAAGACUUUGCCUGUUCCCCCUAUAGGGUGCUGCUGUGGAAAACUUAGGUCUACACGAAUGCCAGUAGAUCCGUGGAUGUAGAAUCCUACAUGGAUUCUCCUAGUGCCUGCCGGUAACUAAGGCAGUUGGACACACCCACUUCAGAGCUUCCCUUUCGGGUAAGGUGAAAAUUUAAGGCACUAACACAGAGGCCUAUUUAAGUUAGGUACUUAUGAGGGCUCACAGAACUAUGUCACAACAUCACUAAGGGAACUCAUACACAUAUACACCCAUGCACACCAGAGUCCAAGCGGGAAUCAUCUUUCUGGCACCUACUUCACCUAGCUUCCCAAUACCCACAAUUCUGAAAAGGACAAGCAGGAAUGUCAUCCUGGAAAAGUUGGCUCUGUUGGGUUUGUAAAACCAACACACAGAAGGUUGAUGCAAAAGGAUUGCUCAGAGUUCCAGGCCAGUCUAAGCUAUAAACUAUCAACCUCAGAACCCCAACCCACACCAAGUUAGCUUUCAUGUGGCUCACAUGCUGCUGAAAGAAAGACCACACAAAGGGGAGGGAAGAAAGGUAGAAGUCAUUAUGAAUUUAUUAUUUACACAAUUGUUAAAGUACACAAACACAGUGGUAGUACAAACGCACAGCUCAGAGACUGCUCACCAAGACACAGGUUGAUACACACAUUCUAACUACGCUUCCUGCGAGGGAUGGUGGGAUUAAAUAUUGGGCAAGAACUGUCAGGGCCACACCCUGGAGACUUCCAAUGGGCCUAAUCUGAGCACAACCCAACAAAGCCAGGCUGAACCUGGAUUAGUCUCAAGACCACCCUGUACCCCUCCAGCACCACAGGUAUCUACAAGAACACUUGCCAGGCAGGCCUGCCACUGGAGAGGGAAGGGCCAACUCUGAUAAAGAAUUUGCAACAAAGAUCUCAAACUCGCCCAACCCCCCCAACCUCCCUCUGCACUCCUCGACACACAAUCCCACCGAGUCAAGUCUCUCCACCCUAAAAUGCUUGCAGAGUAACCAGCUCAGGAUUCAGAAAGCACCCACAGGCUCACGUGGCUGGCAGGCACAAUUAACAGCCACAUUCUGGGAUGCUAUCACACAUCAGCAGUGUGUCCCCCAACCUUGGGCCAGUGCUCAGAGCCAAGGAACUCUGGGAAGAAGGGAGAAGCCAUGGUGGCACCAUUAGAGCCCAAACCUCCACAGGGAACAAGGUACCCAGCAUAACUCUCUCCACAGGCUGACAGGAAAAAUAAAGAGAUGGACCCACACCCAUGUACUGCACCCCAUUUCUCAGAUGGGGAGCUCAGGUCCUGCUGUCUCUUCAUAUCCGGUGCACAUGGUAGGGAAGAGCAUGUUGGCAUCCUAACCGCCAGCGGCAGAGCAGCCCAGCCCGCAGAUGUGUCCAGCUGAAGAUCAUGAGGCGUGUGGCACCACACCUUUCUGGAGGUGAAGGUUCUAGAGUCAGGUAGGCAGUCACCUGCUUCUUGGCACUUCAGGGUGGAUUCCCUUUGGCCACUGGUCCCUCUGGGCAAACCAUGGUGUCUAGGACAGCCUGCUCCCUGGCUCUGAGAGGCAAUGACAAACCCAAGUGGCAUCUGCAUGGGACUAUGCAGUCAGUUCCACAACUUCCCAAGUGCAAAGGCAUAGAGGCAACCAAUCCUACCCAAAAAUCAAUCCUCUCCCUAGAAACCACAAACACAAGCUCAGCUUUGAAUCUUGGAAUUCUCCAGCAGCCUAUAUGGCUCUCAAGGUCUCUGCACGUGGGUUCUUCAGUCUUGGCUUCCUUCUUGCCUCCUUUGGGAAGAAUGCCAUGCCAUGGUGCUCAGCUGAGGCUAGAACUGCUGAACCCUACUACUCCAUGAUGUUGUACCCUACCUGCUCUGAUGGCUGCAGGCAUAUCCGUUUACAGUGGGAAAGAGUAAGCAAGAUGCCCAAAUUAGGCUGAUGGGAGCCCACAAGACACACACACACAUACACAACUGAUGAGAAUUUCCUUUCCAAAGUGAACAGCACAACACAAGAAAACAAAACAAAACACACAUCCUCGACACUCACAUGUGCCCCUCUCUUGCCUGCCUCCAUUUUACACAGAAGCUCCAAGCCAGCGUGUCUUAGGAUUCUUUAAGGUCAACAUCUUUUUUGUUUAAGACCGCAAAAACAGACAAGAAAGAAACAAUAAAAAGACAGAUUUCUUUACACAGAUUUAAGCCAGUAAUUUUUAGCAAAAUGAUACAAAACUGUCUUAACCAAGUAGAAGACUGGUAGCUGCGGUGGGAUCAUCAGGGAGCGCAGGUCCGCCACCACUGGUGGGAGCUGAGAGGCUCUUCACAGGGAGUCGGGUUCUCUCUGCAAUGGUUUCCCAGCCUCUGCUCUUCGUCCCAGCCCCAUGACAACUGAGCUCACAUGGGGCCAUGGUGGCAGCCCCUGGCGAUGGCAGCUCUUGGAGCCUGUCCAUUUAGUUUGUGUUUUGAUUCCCCAUGUGCAUCGCUGGGUGAGUGGCCUGGAGAGCUCCCGGCGUUAACAUUUCGGGUUUAGACCGGGGGGCGUGUCACUAGUAAAGCCAUUGGUAACAGAGUAGAUCAGCCAUGCAUUGUCUGCCCUUCACAGCAAAAAGGAGAGUUCUCAUCGGUGCACGACAGACUGAAGACCACUGGAAGCCACCCGACCGGGAAUCUGUCGGAGCCAAAGCACAGUACAAGGUCAGCAUAAGGCCAGAGGAAUAGGCCAGCCAGGCGUUUGGGUGCACAUAACACAAUAGAGCCUGGGAGGGAAGGGAUACACUGCCACCUGGCUUCAAUCUAAACACCUUCAUCCCUGGCUGCACAGAACGGCCUCUGUAGCCAGGACAGAAGUUGGGGAAGAAGUGGCAUGCAAGCAAGGAAACUGCAGAGCUGUGCUCCUGUAGAUCCAAGUGGAGCAGCGACACUUGCUCCCAGCCUCCCUUCCUAGAAAGAACAGGCAUACCCCUUAGGGAAGACGGAAAAAUUCUUAUCGACACACUUCCAAGAGUGCACACAUGUGUUAAACAGAGCAGAUCUCCCAGCAGCACAACCCCCACCAAAGCUCAAGCCCCUGAUGGAAGGAACCACCAAAUACCAUGUGGCCAACAAGAGAGGAGCUCAGCGUGGACACCCAGCCAUGCACUGACGGCAGGGUAGCAGGUGGCUGUGGCUGGAUUAAUACAGACAACAGCUGCAUGGACAAGAUGGCUGGGCAGGUACCAAGUUUGGAAAGAAACACAAAAUGAGGACAGAGAUAAAUGAAAGAGGAAGAGGGAUGACUGAAAAAGCCAGGAUGGGCACAGACCACCGGGUCUGCAUGUAGCAAGAGCUCAAGAAAGCCCAACACCAAGCAUGGACCACUCAGCUGAGUACAACAGACACAUGUGCUACCAGCACAUCUGCCAGAGCCAGGACUGAGGGCAGUUCCAGCAUACUAAAUAUAAUCACAGGAGGCCAGAGGACAAAGGCACAGCAGGAUGGUUCUCUAAGGUCACUCAGUCCAGAGAUUCUAAGGAUGCCACUGAUCCCCAGACUGGGUAGCUCACCAUUGCUACUCCAUAACCCACACAAAGAAAAACAAGCAGAAGAAGCCUCACUCUACCUCCAGCAUUUGGCAUGCAAGCCCAGCCCACCAGCGAGCCCAGAUGACAGGUGGGGAGUUGCUCCCACCUUGCCUGGCACCUGCUACUUGCAGAGCCCCACCAUGAGCACACUCACCCAGUGCUGCCUUCCGAUGGAGACGAGCAGCUACUUGCCGUGGUGUUCGAAAGGAAUGCUAUUCUGAGGUGGGGGAAAAGACAGCUGUUGGUAAGUGUCCUGUUGGCCACACCAGCACAUGAGAUCCUGGUCCCCUGGCUUCUUGUAUUGAGCCCAAGUCCUGAUGUGUCCCUUGCCUUGACCAAGUCAAGACACGAACAGACACUCUGGGGACGCCAGCUAAUGGCAAGUCUCACCACACAGUGCACAACUCAUCUGUCUCUCAUGACCCUUGAUAAAAGUGACCACUGCUGUUUCCUAAUGUCAUCCUUUAGAAAAGCUGAAAUCCAGUGGACGGCGAGGCUGAGGAAGCCCUAUAGAUUGGUUUCACAGCACUACGCAGCAGGUGGAAGGGAUAGCACCUCCCAGGAUGCACCCAGGGAUACACUCCCUCCUAACAGAGUACCAGGCUGAUCUUAGAACCUUAUUUUGGGGCAGGUGUGUACUAAGUAAGGCAUCAAAAGCAGUAACUGGCAUAUUUUGAACUGUGCUAGACUGGAAACCUUUCUUUUCAAUGAAGGAAAAACAAUAGAGAUGCACUCAUCAGAUGCCCUGCAAAGCCUAUGUUCUUUUGUCUAAUGAGAGCAAACUCACAGAUAUCAGGGAAAAUGGGAACAUGGUCUCCCGAGAAGACUUGCCCAAUGCAGGGCCCUUCAGGGAAAGGAAGAUGCUGAAGAAGCCCAGCUGCUUACAGGCAGUGAGUGUGAGGGCAGGGUUCUACAGGAAAGAAGCGGUGACUCCAGUGACCUGUACCAUGCCUUGUCAGCAUCAUGAGGUGGUGGACAAGAGCAGCAGAUGCUUGUCAAGACUGGCUUUAACCAAGUGUAUGGACUUGUGGGUGUCAUGUUAUCUCAUAGGAUGCACCAACUAUUAGAAAACCAGCAGCUGUAGGUAAGGAGGCCGAGUGAAAGGUAUGUGCUGUUGUGACAAGAGCUUAUAUGCACGGUGCUCGCUAGAGUUCACUGUGCUAAGUGACGCCAUCACUCCUACCUGAACCCCUGCUCUCUAGGGAGAAGUUAAUACUGGCCUGCCUAACCCCAACUAGCCUUUAAUUUCUAAAAGGCCAGAACAGAAGCCUGGCUGAGGGCCUAGAAAAGAGUUUAGAGAGGGAUGAAUUAUUUGGAGAAGAGAACACAUCGUAUAUAGUAAGAGCACACUGAUGCUGGUGGUACUGUGUAACAACAAGGAUCCUCUUAAGGGUAGUUGCCUUUUAGUGACAGCACAACUCCCCCAAAGGUGCAGCUAUGAAGACAAAUGAGCACCCUAGAGACAACCACACAAGGCAGAGUGUGAGUCACAGUCUAGAAAAUCCCCAACACAGCCAAGGAGAAAUUAAGAAACUCCGGGAAGGGAGCCUCCCAACCAUGUUAAAGCCUGUUAAUAGUUCUCCAUGCAUAAACAUGAGAGACCAAGCAAUCAGAGACUCAUCAUGUGGAAGGAAGUGCUAUUCUGAUACCAUAAGGCCAAGGAAGCCAUAGCCUUGGCAGGAAGAAGCUGGGCUGUAUCCCAUGUCUUCUUGGUAUCCACAAAACCUGAUUCUUCCAUUUUCCUCCUGGAUCCCAAACUAACAGAUGUUUCAUUUUCAUACUGAAUUAAAAGCAAAAGAGCCCAUCCCUGCCAUCACUUCCUUAGCCUCUAUCUAGCUGCUGGCAUGAAAUAUGUCCAAACCCAGCCAGGACCCAACACACCACAGGUUGUAGAUGAACAGGCAGAAUUGAACCACUUCCUAAUGUAAACACAAGGAUUUGUGUGAAAAACAAAACAAAAAAACCCAAACAAAAACAAAACAAACAAACAAAAAAACCCAAACCAAAGAAAAACAAACUGUUAAGUCUUCCACAAGGAAGCCGAGCUUAAGAGGGUAUGGUACACACUGAGGAACUCAAUCUCCUGAUGUCAAAACUCAAGGCCUAGAACUUAAGUGAUCUCUUGUCAAACUUCCUACAUCUGUUGUCUUUUCAGGAGAAAAUUAUACAAACCCAGAAAUUUCUGGCAAAUAAGGAACGCACAGGAACACCUUUUACCAGUACAGUCCCCAGUGUGGCCUGAGCCCAGAAAGCCCCAGGGAUCUUGCAUUGACUCAAUCAAUACAUGCUCAGUCCUUCCCCACGCAAACACUGUACUAGGUCCCACAGUGAACCAGAGAGGUGUUGCCAUACAAGUGCGCUUCAAAACAAGCUCUAGAAGGGCAGUGGUACUGGCAAAAACCUCCUCAAAUUCAUCCUUGACCCCACCUAGCCCCGUAAGUGGGAGACCCUACUUCAGAAAAAGAAGUGUAAUGUUGACAGAAGUUAUUCUAGUCUGUUGAACAAAGCAGUGUUGAAUGUAAAAGCAGCAAAAGCAGAGAGGAAGAGGACUCAGAUGUAGAUGAAGGAGUAUCUAUGAGAAAGAGGACUGGGAACUAGCUCCAACUACCCUACCUUGCCUGCGUACUUCAUUAGAGACAGACAGGUCAACAGAAGAUGACACUUUAUAGCUUGGCACCUCUAACGAUCGCUCACAAGAACCCUUCUUAUGCAGCCAGUGCCUUUCCUGGUAUUCUGCUAAGGAGAGCCUGGCUAGCAAACACAAGUAGUUAUAAAAGCCAGGUGUGCCAAUGACAGACAUCUCCUCGUCAAAAGGUACAAGCAAGCAGGCAUAUUUUGUCUUCCCUGGUGGGGAAGGCGGCGGGGCAGGGAUAGGGAUGUCCCUCUGAAAUGAGCGUAAGAGGAAAAGCUUCACACACAGUUCACAGCCAAUCAUUACAGUCCUAGCCAGGAAACAAACCCUUUAGAAACCCAGUAAGUCGCAGGCUCCAAUGGGUUAAGCAUCCAUAAAAAUAAGAAAAAAAGUAGGAGGAAGAAAGGAAAUACAUUUUUCACAAAUGUUGCCCCACUCCUGACUAUGAACCUAUAAAGGUCAGUUCUUAAGAAAGGUAGGGAGAGCCGGUGUCAGCACACAGUGACAAGGACAUGCAUCCCCACACUUGGGUCUGGCGCAGCUAGGCCUCAGUGAGUUCUACAUGCAUACCUGUGAGGUGGACAUGCGAGAGGUAUCUUGUCGGCCCGUGAGAUCAGAUGAGGAGACGUUGACUGGGGCCCCACGGUGCAGCCGCAUACUCACUUUCCGUUCUCGUUCCAUGCCAGAGACGGGUCUAGGAGAGGUGUUGGCUGGAGAGGACGAGAAACCACAAUUAUUAAAUAUCCAUGGCUCUUUUAACACCUCAUUAGAUGGAGAGACUGCUCAAUGGUCACAGACACUUGCUCUUACAGAGGACCCAGUUUGGUUUCCAGUAUCCAUAUGGUGGUGGCUAAAAACCACCUCUAACUCCAGUUCCAGGAGAUUCGAUGCAUCUUUUGACCUUCAAGGGCACUGGGCACACACGAGGCAAACACCCAUGACACAUGUAAUUAACUUAAAAAAAAAAAAAAUCUCAUGAACAGAGGCUAAUGACCCUAGCCAAGUACAUAUCCUGAACCCACUGAACUGGCUCAGGGCUUCACAUAACCAACUCAAGUUCAAAUGUUCAGCAAUUCCAAGAAACCCUAGUAGAUGAAUGCAUUUUAAGGCUCCAAUGUUUAGCAAUAUACAUGUCCGCCCUGAGUAUUCAAAGAUUUAUGAGAAUAUCUAUAUUAUGAGAGCUAAACUUUUAAAAAAUUAUUUAUGUGUGUGGAUGUUUUCCCUACACAUCUCUGUGUACCAUGUGUCCAAGAAAUCCAGAAGAUGAUGUUGGUUCCCCUGGAACUAGAGAUUCAAUGUAAAAACUUACUUAUGGGUGUUAGGAAAUAAAUCCAAGUUCUCUGGAAGAACAGAUAGAGCUCCUUUUUUUAUUUUUUUCUUUUUUUUCUUUCCUUUUUUUUUUUUUUUUUUUUCGGAGCUGGGGACCGAACCCAGGGCCUUGCGCUUGCUAGGCAAGCGCUCUACCACUGAGCUAAAUCCCCAACCCCACAGCUAGAGCUCUUAACCACUGAGUGAUCUCUCCAGUCCCAUGAAAGUCAACUCUUACUUCUUUCUUUCCUUUGAGACAAGAUCUCACUAUGUAGACCAGGCUGGCCUUAAGUUCACAGAAAGCCACCCUGCCCUCUUCCCAAAUUUUGGGGUUACCAUGCCAUGUCUAAAGGUAACAUCAUGUCCUAUGUCCCUGUCCUACCUACUCUUCAGAAUGAAGUAGGGACACAACCCUCAACUGAUUAACCCAGAAUCUUUUUGAGGCCACAUACUGGUGUGGUUAGCAAUUCAUCAACACAUUAAACAGAGGUCCUAGUUUGGUGAAGAACACUAAGAGAUGUGCUUACCCGUAUGUGAGGUAGGGGUAAGGGGCGUUGGGGGAGCCACUUCCUGGGUUCCCCGCAGACGGCCGGAAGCUGUAGAAGGGAGGCCACGAGUGGCUGGAUUCCGGGAGUGUCUUAAUCGUUCUUCUCGGUCCCGGCGUUCCCGCUCAGCAUCAUCUGCAGCCCGGCUGGCACCCUAAUGAGGAAAGAUUAGAAUGAACAGGAGGAAAGUCGCCAUGAUGUUUUGAUGUUUUGUUUUGUCUUUUUAGGAGCACUGACUAGGUCCCCAGCUCUGGGAAAAAAAAAAAAAAAAAAAAGAGCACUGACUGAUUUUCCAGAGGUCCCGAGUUCAAUUUUCAAUAACCACCUGGUGGUUCAGAACGUGUACUUGCAUGUAUAAAAGAAAUAAAUAUUAAAAAAAAAAAAAAAAGGCAGCUCUUGGGACAAGACUGCCCUUUGAAAUCACCCACACCAAACAGUGAAACCAGAAAGACCAUGCUCCCACAGAAAUGAUUACCUACACAAUACCCACGAAGGCCACAGUCUCUCUGCACCCCUACCAUACUGGAACUCACAUGUACAACUUGUCAUCUUAAUCACUUCCUAGCAGUGUUGGCAUGCGAGUGCAUUGUGGAAGGAAAAGGAGAUUGCCUAGGAGGGGGGAGAGCAAGGUAGAAUGCAGACACUGUGAAAAUGCCAGCCUUUCUAUGACAGGCCAAUGGCAAGGACAGGAGUCAGGUUAUCAGUCUUAGCACUGUCAGAGGGGUCUGCAAGCACUGCCCUGUGCCACCUAACUUAUUGGCCUUAGUUGUCUUUUGAAGCCCCACUAUGGCGGAAGGUCCAGGCAUCUUGCGAGCAUCUUACAGCCGAGGGUUGUCACCUUCAGCUUAGGUUCGUCUACAUACACACAGUAGCACGAGGCCCAGCAGGCAGUUCUAGUUCACAGUGCCCUCUAUGAGCAGGGACAUACAUAGUGCAGUUGACAAGGUAUGCACUCAGACUAGAUACAUUACCUACAAAGAUUAUAAUUUCUACUUCAAAUUACAAUAGUAACUGACUGAAACAGAAUCUUGCUUUGCAGCCCAAGACUGGCUUCAAGCUAACAACCAUGCUUAGCCCAAACAAGAAUUUUUUUUAAAUUUAGUCUUUGUCUAUUUUAUUGAGUUUCAUUUUGUAGCCCUGGCUGGCUUGAAACUCACUAUAUAGACGAGGCUGGUAUCACGUUUACAGAGAUCUGCCUGCCUUUGCCCUCUGAAUGCUGAAAUUAAAGGUGUGAGCUACCAUGGCUAGUCCAAGAAUAAAUUUAACUAAAAUAGACACGAAAGUUUCACAAAGCCUUGAAUUUUAGCAGCAGCAAUGUCUGAAUGAUCACAGGAUCACAUUCUGACAGAACACCAGGCACUUUAACCCAGAGGCUCUUCUGAGGCCUAUGCGGUAUACACUAGAUUUGGGAUGGAGUAAGGGUGCUGGAGGACAAAGAGGGGCAGGGCUUAAGACUACUACUAUGCUUCCUACUAGCCCAGACCACCAUGCCAUGCCACCAUAGGUAGCCGAAUCCACAAAGUUCUUAAAAUUCGUUAUAUAAUUAGAAUAUUGGUGGACAGUAUUACUUGCAGCACCUGGAAAGCCAAAGUUCAUGAGUAAGAGCACUUGCUGCCCUUGCAGAGGACCUGGGUUUGGUUCCCAGCACCCACAGAGGCUCACAAUAGCUUCUAACUCCAGUUUCUGGGAAUCUGACCUCUUCUGACCUUGACAACACAAGCAUACGCACACACACACCUUAAAAAAUAAUUUCAGAAGUAGCUUUACUCCCCUAAAAAUUAAAGAGAGGGCUGAGGAUUUAGCUCAGUGGUAGAGCGCUUACCUAGGAAGCGCAAGGCCCUGGGUUCGGUCCCCAGCUCCGAAAAAAAGAACCAAAAAAAAAAAAAAAAAAAAAAAAAAUUAAAGAGAGGAUGAAAAUAGAGGAAGAACAGCAGGCAAGCCUUUCCCUAAGAAGGACUCACCAAUCCAGAAGGAGCUGACUCUGAGCAGACCUUCAUCAUGGCUUACUGGGCUUCUUCGUAUGGACAUCCAUAAAUGUCAGAGAUUUUUCUAAUUUAGCAUGUUUUGGCUGCAUUAAGUAAAUGUAUUACCUGCAUACAGUAACCACAGAAGCCAGAAGAGGGUAUGAAGGGAAACUGGAUCACCUAGUUGUACUGAGAACUGAACCCAGGUCCUUUGCAAAAGCAGCAAGUGGCCUUAACUGCUGUGCCCCAAAUGCUAUAGCAGUUUUUGCCUUAUUCAGCAUCUUCCUUCUCAGUACUCCGAACCUCAGGCAAAGUGGUCUGCAGGCCCAGUUUCUACCAAGUGUGUUUGGCUUUUACAAUUCUACUGUGCCUUGUAAACAUGAGGCUUGCACAGAUAGCAUAGCUUUACAUACAGACCCAGCCCAGCCACCAGUGCCAGCGCCCUGAGGACCAGGCUGAUGUCAUCCCCUGCUCUAGCAAUUCUACUUACAAAUUUGAGCAUGUUCCAGUCGAACACAUAGUCGUAGGAGAAGCCCUGGCGAUGGAACAGAUUUCUGAAGAGCUGUCUCAGGUAGGAGUAGUCAGGUUUGUCAUCAAAACGUAAGGAACGGCAGAAAUUCAGGUAUGUGGCAAAUUCAGCUAUAGAAACAAGAAACUCAAAGCUAGCCCGGAACUACCAACUGUUGCCAAAUUCAUCCAGUUCACCUCCCACAGUGCCAUACACUAAAGACAUUAAAGGUGAGAUAUGAAGACUAGUCAUAUUUAGGAACUCAGGCCUUAGGGAGACUGCUUGGAAAAUAAAUUCAGCAUGUAAGCAAAGGUACAGUUCAAUGGUAGAAUGUGUCAAGGCUUGCACAGCACGUGUGAGGCCCUGGAUUCCAUAUCCUGCACCCUCCACAUCCUCCAAAGGGUCAGACACCAGAGCAAAAUUUAGACAUUGAGGGCAUUCUUAUCCCAGGAGCAAUUUCCCUCAACAGGAAAACUCCCUCGGAAAUGGCUCUAGGAGGUGAGGGUAAAGAUGGUCAGUUUUAGAUGUCCUUAGGCCUCCCACUACUGUGUUCCUUCCCCAGUCAUGGGGGUCAUUUCCCAAGGCUCAGUCCUGCCUCAUUCCAGUCUCUUCUGGGCCCCACAGAAUACCUUGACCAAAGUGCUUAGGGAUUGGGAGUGGGAUGACGUGGUGGUGGUGGCAGGUCCCACUGCCACCUUCAUAUAAGUGCCCAUUUCAUGUAACUCUUCUCAGAAGGUGAGCAAGUCUGACAGCACAGCCAGAGGCUCUCCAUAUGAGCAUCUAGUCAGCACUGGGACAGGUGGCUGCUGGCAUGCCCCAGCAAAUUCUGCAGCAAGGAUGUGAGGGACUCACAAGGAUAGCCCUUGCACAGCACUUCAAUUGGAGUGGACAUCUUCUUCUCACUGAUCCUCUCAUACUUCUGCCUCUUGGUGGCGGCCUUCAGCCCCUGCCAGGGGAGAGAGCCCAGGUUGAAGUACAUCAGCACGUACCCCAGAGACUCCAAGUCAUCCCUUCGAGAUUGUUCUGGAAGAAAAAGGGAACUAUGUCAAGGAUGGCAUGUGUGUGUGUAUAAAAUCAAUACCUGGCAAACAAAAAAUUAGAAACUUCAAAAAUAACAGAAAAAUAUACUUGCAGAAUUAUGUCACCAGAAGUUGUCCCUCACAUUUGUUAAAGAAACCCCCCCUUAAGACUUCAGGGGAGCAACAUCAACAUCUUGAAGAACUGCUGGAGAAGCCAGCUUCUGCUACCCCACUGUACUUGGCAAUACAGAGAUUCUGGUUGCUCAAUUCUGCUUGUCUGCUACCAAGGUUGGCUAACAGCUUCCACAUCUCUCAUCACCUAGGCUGCUACAUAAGUUGGACUUUCCCUAAUCUAAGGGAUGGACAUGCUAAAGGUACACAACGUCAAGUGAUCCAUCUCUGUCAGGGCUCACCAAUGCCAAGGUGUGUGUUGAUGGAGGCAUAGCGUGCUGUCCCUGUGAGGUUCUUGUUCUCUCGAUAGGGGAUAUGCUGGUGGGUGCGGGCAUCCCGAUACUUCUUGGCCAGCCCAAAGUCAAUGAUGUAGACCAGGUUGCCUUUCUUUCCCAGCCCCAUGAGGAAGUUAUCUGGUUUCACGUCUCGGUGGAUAAAAUUCUUCGAAUGAAUGUACUCAAUACGACUUAUCUACAGAGAAACAAAGGUAAGACUGAAUCUCAUAGUGGUUCAUGCUGGAAAAGGAGGCUGCCUGGCAGUGAGGCUCCCAUUACACAUUCUCUUCUCUACUUUCUGGAGAGCAGUGAUUUCAGUUAAGGUAGUCUUCUCUCAAGGUAUCCUCAACUCUCUGUCCCUCGACAGGCCCAGACAUUUUUUUUCUCUUUAGUUCCCAGAGGAAUAGGUAAGACAGCAAGCUGCUUGGUUAUGGUUCACAUCAGAUGGACUUUGAAUGAGUCAUAAACAAGAAUUUUCAUGAAAACCAUUCAAGUGUUGCUACCAAAUGUGGACUCCCUGAGAGAACUGAAAGUCCAUUCGAUAUGGAUACAGGGAGGAGGGGGGAGAGAAGUUACUUUCUUUUUUUUUUUUUUUUCUUUUUCUUUUUCUUUUUCUUUUUUUUGAAGCUGGGGACCGAACCCAGGGCCUUGCGUUUGCUAGGCAAGCGCUCUACCACUGAGCUAAAUCCCCAACCCCGUGAGAAGUUAUUUUCUAAUUCAAUCAUCUUGAGGCCAAGAUUAAACAAAUCCCCCUUUCUUUCUAUGCACAAAUGGAUGUAAUAAUGGAGAUAUGGCAACCUAGUAAUUUGUUUAGUUUUUUGAGAUGGGGUUUCACUAUGUAGCCCUUAUGGGCCUAGAACUUGCUGUGUAGACUAGGCUGGCCACAAACUCAUAAACAUCUGUCUGCCUCUGCCUCCUGAGUGCUGGGAUUGCAAGCCACCAUUGCCAAUGUAACCCAGUAAUUUACUCUAGUAAGCCAGCAAGCACAUGCCAAGUGCUUGCUACACUGCCUGAACACUUCAGGAAAAGGGGUAUUGCUUACCAUUUGGUCAGCAAGCAACAGAACAGUUUUGAGACUAAACUUCCUUGAACAGAAGUUGAAUAGGUCUUCCAGGCUGGGUCCCAGUAGCUCCAUCACCAUGACAUUGUAGUCCCCCUCAGCCCCACACCAUCUGAUGGUAGGGAUGCCCACUGGAAAAGAAACCAAACACAGCACUUCAACCCAUGCUACUGUAUCAUAUCACUUCUAUUCAACUCGACAGGUGUUUAGCAGAUUAUGUCUGUGGGUGUUCAAGGGGUUCAGACGAUAUUGGCAAUGUCUGCCCUCGAGUGUGAUGUCCACUUGUAAUUAAGCUAGACACAGUUAGCACGUGACAAAGAGCAAGCUGACAGGAGUCAAACAAGCAGUGGCAGCAAGUGAGGUAGUUGAUUUCAUAACAUCAGCAUCCAUGGAAAGAGAAAACAUCAGGUAAGACAGGUCCAGAGAAGCCAGCCGGAUGCCACAGUUGCACCAGUGAGGCUGGAAUCAAAUGCUGAGGAACUAAGGAGAAAGAACUGCCAUGGCUUGUAGAAGAGAGAAAAAAAGCGUUUCCUUUUUCCAAUAUCGAUGGGAGAAAAGCAAACACAAUGACAACUUCUUGGAGAGUCAUUCAGAUUUUGAAAACACCAACUGGUAGGAGAGGGAAUAAAAGAAAAAAAACAAAACAAACAAAAAACCAGGACAAAUCCAACAUUAAGAAACCAGUCAGGUGUGGUGAUAUGCUUAUGAGGUAGAGCUCUAGGAUCAGAAUGUUCACACCUUGGGCUACAUACUAAGACCCUGUCUAGAAGAAAACAGCAAUCACGCCACCGAAUAGCCCAGAACUCCAAAUGAGGGAAGAACUGAAGGAUGCCUUCAGAUAUUAGACCUGAAAGCAGUCAAUUCUAAACACUCUCUACUUUUGAAGAAUGGGACAAAGACCAAGUAUUUUAUCUAAGAGCAUACACAACAGUCACAAAAAGAUGGUCAGAAAAAAGCUGAGAGCACUUGAAUACUGCUAGGAACAAGGAUGCACAAAGCAGCUUUGCUCAAGUCAAAGAGCAAGCGCUACAGAGAAGCUUUAUACGAUGCCUUGUGCUCUCCUCUGCCUACCACCAGAGCAUGAGGUCUAGGAAGCUCCACCUACUGCCACUGGCUUUUACCAUACGCACUCCACUUUUGGUUCUGUCAUGAGCCCAAGGCCUCUCUUUCCUUUCAUGUAAAACAUUGAGUGGAGCUUCAAUGUGAGUUUAGAUGUUUCCGGUGAGAUCCUACCAUUUGAAUUUUUUUUCUUUUUCGUUUUCUUUCUUUUUUUUCGGAGCUGGGGACUGAACCCAGGGCCUUGAGCUUGCUAGGCAAGCGCUUUACCACUGAGCUAAAUCCUCAACCCCCCCCCAUUUGAAAUUUUUUUUAAAAAGUUUCAUUAUCUCAUAUCAUAUAUUUUAUAUCAUAUAAAAGUAUUUUAUGGGGCUGGAGAGAUGGCUCAGAGGUUAAGAGCACUGUCUGCUCUCCCAGAGGUCCUGAGUUCAAUUCCCAGCAACCACAUGGUGGCUCAGAACCAUCUAUAAUUAGGUCUGGUGCCCUCUUCUGGCUGCAGGAAUACAUGCAGGCAGAAAGCUGUAUGACGUAUACAUAAUAAAUAAAUGUAAAAAAAAAUUAUUUUAUAUCUCAUUGAGAACCUAUAUGACAAUUAUCUAAAUAUGAAAGUAACUGAGACUGGGAACCUAACUGGAGACCUAGUAUAUAUUCCUAACAGUAUCUUCUAUAUCCCAUCUACCUUAUGUAACUUGUGCUCUCUGGUAAUCAGCACUCAGACCUACCUCCUGUGCUAUAUAACAUUUCUUCCAUCCAGCACUCCAUAAUCUCUAACAACCCAUCUGUCAUUUCAAUGGUGUGGUAGUCUGAAAGAAAAUGGCCCCCAUAGUUGUACAGUGAGUGCCACUAUUAGGCGUGGCUUUGCUGUCUCAGAUGAUCAAGCCAAGCACAGCCCCACCCUUUUUGCUGUCUGCUGAUCCCAGAUGUAGAUCUCUCUAGCACCGGUCUGCCUGCAUGCUGCCAUGCUUCUCACCAAGACAACAUUGGACUAAACUGCUGAACUGUAAGCCAGCCCCAAGAUGCUUUUCUUUAUAAGAGUUACGAGGUCAUGGUGUCCCUUCACAGCAAUAGAAACCCUAACUAAGACAGGACAGAUGGUUUAGGUUUGCUUUUCUUUUUUAAUUUUUUUUUCCCCCUGGGGCUGGGGACCGAACCCAGGACCUUGCGCUUCCUAGGUAAGCGCUCUACCACUGAGCCAAAUCCCCAACCCCUAGGUUUGCUUUUCUUAUUAUAAAUGACACUGAAGUACGCUCUUAUUUAUGUAUGUCCAUUGUAAUACACGGAAUUAAUUUCCCUUUACCUCUGAGUAUGUACCUAGAAACACAUUUGUUACAGUACAAAUUAUUUGACUAUACAAGGCGUAAUGACAUCAGAAGCUUUGUAAUGGGUAACCCAUGGAGCAGUCACGAGCAAGGCUCUGCUCCCAAUGUUCUGCUACUGCUCAGCUGUGUCAAUUCCCUACUCGUAUCUAGAGUGGAGAAUGAAUCUGUGACCUUGAAUGUGUCUUUUAUGAAGAGAACAAUCACACCCAUUUUCUUCUCUCUUGACAAUAUUUUUUCUAUCAGGAUACAACCUUCCUAUUUAUUGCAUGUUCAAAGAAAGAUUGUGUGGUUUUAUGUGAGGCAAGUAUCUUUUUGUGGUUAAUAAUUUCAGUAUUUUUUUCCUCCUGAGAUAGGGUUUUCCUACAUAUCCAGUCUGGGCUGGAGUUAGAGUCUUCUGCUCUCUCGAGUGUUAGGGUUAUAUGGACAUGCCUGUCCUGCUUGCUUCUAGCAUUUUUCUCUAUGAAAUUAUUUCUGACCCUAGAUCCCAUCAUUAUCCUGUAAAAAUGUCAAAGUUCAAAGCUACAUACUGAGACCUUGUCUUAACAGUAACAAAAAAUGUUUACUUGCAGAAGCCACUUUUGAUGCAAGUCACAGUUUAGUGCAGUGAUACAUUAAGGAACUCAAUCCACCCCAUACUAAGAACUCAAGAGAAUUAAGAUGAUGCUGAUGCCUUAAAGACCCCCCUCCCCAACAAAUGCGCAAGUGUCACCAUAAGACAGAACUAAAAGGGGUUGGGGAUUUAGCUCAGUGGUAGAGCGCUUGCCUAGGGAGUGCAAGGCCCUGGGUUCGGUCCCCAGCUCCGAAAAAAAAGAAAAAAAAAAAAAAAAAAAAAAAGACAGAACUAAAAAGACCAAUGUAACUAGACUUUAACCCAGAAACAGAGGAAGAAUGUACAUGACAGAAAUAUCCAACAUAUGGGGGUAAGAUUCUCAAUGUUGGCACAAUUAAAAAGUUGUGAGACAUGUUAGCAAAGGCAUGGAGAACCGGGCCCACAUAUUAGAGCUGGUAGAGAAGGGCCUUAAAAAAAUAUUAAAUUAUGGCAAGGGACUGUAAUUCCAGCUGCUCGGGGAAACUGAGGCAAGAUCACAAGGCUUGUUAGGACUACAGAGUAAGUUCUAGACCAGUCUAGGUAACUUAUUGAAACCAUGUUUCAAAAGAAAAACAAACACAAAAGUGAUGGGGAUAAACCUCAGUAGUGAUAGACUCAGAUUGAAACUCAAUAAUGCAAAAGAAAAAAGUUGUUAUUAAAUAUAACUAAAUCCCAUGUCUAGAAAGUUAAAGGAAAGACACACACACAAAUCUAACAGUAAAAGUUGAAAACUCUUAAGAUUAAAAAAAAAAAAGCAAAUUAAACAUUGUAAAGACCAAUGAAAUCAAAAGUAGGUAAAAGAAACUGUGAAAGCAGUUUCACAUUUCAUAUCUACAACACAUCUCACAUCUGAAAACAAAUCCAGACUCAGCUCCAUGAAGCCAGGUGUGAGAACUAUGGAGAUGGCUACACCAGUGUACAACAAACUGCCCAGAGAGGUGGUGCUCCCUCCUCAGCAGUCCUGCAUAAGAGAUCCUUCUGAAAGAGGGCAGGAGCACCAGGUGAGGUCCUAACUACACAUUCCCACCAAUAGCUUUGGGAGCAAUAGUAUUUCUUAGAUGUAACCUUCUCUGAAGAAAAUCAUGGCUAUAGUCACAGCAGGUCAUACCGUGGACCUGACAGUCGUUACUCCCUCCCCGAUGUGCGUUAAUACACUGCUGUCAUCAUUUGUUCAAGCCCUCGCUGUCUCAGAGCUGUCUCAGAGUUGGCUACGAGGCAUGUCAUUUAAAAUGCUCCCUCAUUGUCCGAGCUCCUGCCCCAGUCCUGGAACUGGCCAAUGCAAGUAGUCUGGACACGUCUCAGCCGGAAGCACACUGAGAAAGCUUGGGACCAGGCCCUGUUCAGAAUCACACAACUUUCAUCUUCACUUCUUCAGCAAGUCAGUGUAAUUUUCAGUCUAGUGAGUCUCUCUAAGAGCCACUGGACAAGAUUACACAGGUUCAAAUCACAUGCAACCCCAGCACUGAGAAGGUGAAUAGGCAUAAAAUCCCAUCCCUAUCCAAGUAGCUACUUACAAUUAAUACUUGCUGCAAAAGGUAAACCAGUUCUCUCCAAUGUAGUAUCACUGGGUAUGUGUUUCAACAACUCUCUCCAAGGACAGGCUACAUGUCCAGAAAAUUGGUCAACAACAACAACAACAACAACAACAGACUCCAACUUUUUUCCUCUAUGUGCUUUUUGUGUUGUUAGCUUUGUCAUAUUUUUCUUUUUAAAGUUUUCCCUGUGUUUUUGUUCUUUGAAAGAGAAAAACAUGAAGUUGGGUCGUAGGGAGGUAGGAAGGAUAAUAAUAUAACCAAAAUGUAUGGGGGAGGGGGAGCUGCUGGGGUGCGCGCGCACACACAGAACUGGAGAGAUGGCUCAGCAGGUAAGAGCAUUUGGUUGCUCUUGCAGAAGACACAGAUUUCAUUCCUAGAAUUCACACAGUGGCUCACAAUUAUGCAGACAUAAUUCCAGUUCCAGGGGAUCUCACACUCUUUUCUGACUUCUGAAGGCAGCAGGCACUCAUGAGAUACACAUACACACAUACAUACACACAUACAUACACACAUAUAAUACAGGCUUAAAAAGAGCUGGAAAUAGUGGUAUACAGUUUUAAUUUCAGUUGUCAGGAGACAGACGGAGGUUGACCCUCUGUGUUCAAGGCAAGCAUGAUCUAUACAGUUAAUUUUAAUAUAUCCAGGGCUACAGAAAACCGUGGCUCAAAAAGAAGAUGAGGAGAGAGGGGAAGGUUGUUGCUUUAACUGGAAUUUCAUUUAACAUUAAAACCGACUAUAAGAGAACUAACAUUGAGCCUUCUUUAUGCCAUCCAACAAAGCCUUUUAACUUUCUACACAGAAUAUUUGCCUAUCUUAGCAUUUAUUCCUAAAUACCCCAGGUACUUCCUAUUUUGUUACUAUAAAUGUUUUGUUGUUGUUGCUGUUGAGACAGGGUUUCCAAGUGUAACAGCCCUGGCUAUCCUGAACUCAAUCUGUAGAUCAGGCUGGCAUUAAACUCACCGAGAUCCACCUGCCUCUGCCUCUGCCUCUGCCUCUACCUCCCAGGUGCUGGGAAUCAGAGGUAUGUGCCACUAUCACCUGGCUAUAAAUCGUAUUUUAAAAAUGAUAUUUUGUGAUAUUUAAGGUGUAUGCUACCAUAAAUGAUAUUUUUUUUUUUGUUCUUUUUUUUCGGAGCUGGGGACCGAACCCAGGGCCUUGCGCUUCCUAGGCAAGCGCUCUACCACUGAGCUAAAUCCCCAACCCCAUAAAUGAUAUUUUUAAAUUACAUUUUCCAACUAGUUUCAUUGAAUUAAACUGACCGUAUUUUAAAUGUUUACUUAAUCUGUAUAUGUGUGUGUACAUGCUGUCCACAUUGUGUACAUAGAUAAAGGUCAGAAGAUAACCUUUUUAGGAAUUCGAGACAGAGUCUCUCUUAGGUUCUGCUUCUGGCCUGUGAAAUCCAGGCAAUCUAUCUGGCCCAUGAGCUUCUGGGCUAUUUUCCUGUUUCCACCUUCCAUAAUUUAAUCCACUGAGCUAAUAACUCUCCAACCCAACUGAUGGAAUUUUGAUCUUAAGUUGAAUAAACUAUUAAUUUUUUUCUAUGUUUACUCUAGGAAAUUCUAUCAUAUGCAAACAAGUACCAGGAAUGCCAAAAGGUUACAAAAUGCAUAUAGCAUGCAUUACAUAACAUCAAACUCAUCUUUAGGAGGGGUGUCAUGGCUUCUUGAUGUCAUGACGGGCAGUAUAUGUGAUAGAUGGCACCACCUUCCUUUUCAAUGGGGAACAAUAGUGUUGUUAUUCCAUGGCAUUGGAGACUGGAUAAAAUACUACCUUCACAGAUUCCCUGGCCAGGAAAGAUGUAGAGUCUCAUUUGUGGUACACUUUACUCUCAGCAAACUGCCAGAAACUAACUCCUGGUAAAGCCUAAGAAGAAGGAAACUGUAAAACCACUUAGAAGGAAGGUUCCUGGUAAUGCAGGAUGAAGACCCUUCGUUCACUGCUACUCUGAAGCCAGGUAUUUCAGACUAGCAAAAUUCAGAAUCCAAAGUAGAUUUAUGCCUAGAAAAUGCUGCCAGUAGUUUAAAGAAAAAAACCUGAGUACUGGUUUGUGCUGUGGCUUGGGAAUGAGCUGCCCCCACUGCUGUUCACGGUUGUAAACAUGGGUGCUUUAGCCCUGUGGGGUCCAAGAUGCCAAAAUAAGUAAUUUGGGCCAGACACCAGAAGACACAGGCACUAGCAGACACCAGAAGACACAGGCACUAGCAGACCCUAGAAGACACAGGCACUAGCAGACACCAGAAGACACAGGCACUAGCAGGCACCAGAAGACACAGGCAUUAGCAGACCCCAGAAGACACAGGCACUAGCAGACCCCAGAAGACACAGGCACUAGCAGACUCUAGAAGACACAGGCACUAGCAGACUCUAGAAGACACAGGCACUAGCAGACCCCAGAAGACACAGGCACUAGCAGACCCCAGAAGACACAGGCACUAGCAGACCCUAGAAGACACAGGCACUAGCAGGCACUAGCAAGUGUGCUCCAUUAUGACUUGACAAGUAUUUCAAUGUAAAUGUGGGUACUCAGAAUUAAUUCAAAAGAAAACAUUACAUUUCCAGCAAUUUUAAGAUUAAACCUGUCAAAUAUUUACAUGUAAUGUGGGAGGACAACAAAGAAGACCACCACGGCUGAGGUUCUAGUUCACUGGGAGAGUGCUAACCUAGCACAGGCCAAGACAGAGCUUCAUCCUAGGGCUCCACAACAACCCCCAACACCUCCUAAAUCAUGGCAAACAACGUGUAAGUAAGGGCCAGAGGAAAUGAACCAGGGGACUAGGCAGGCACAUGUCUUCACAGCACAGGGGAGCACUGGACUUCCUCAAGGGGGUGAGGGUCACAGCGUCUUUUACGCCAAUAGCUAAGACUCCUUAUUUGCCGCAUGUUUACAAUCAGUUCUGUGCCAGACACAGUCCCAUAGCAUUCACCCCAACACUAAGGAAGAGGAGAAGGAACACUGUGAAUUGAAAUCUUGAUAAAAGCAAAAGACAAAACACUGGCAGGCAUGGUAGUUUAUCAGAGAACUUGGGAGGCAGAGAAAGAAAGAACACCAGCCUGGUCCAUCCAGGGCAGCAUAGAUAGCUGCUAAAAAAGAAAGAACAGUCAAACAAAACAAGAGAAAAAUGUUGUGCCUAUUUCCCUACCCAGGUCCUAUCACAAAGAUCUUCUCUCCCCUCCCACAAAGUUAACAUUUGCCAGAAGCUUAUGUGAGCUCAUUAAUGUUUUUUUGCUGAGGAGUUACUGAAGGGGGUGUGAUCUAUAUUAGGAAUGAAACAAGCAGUUAAACAAGCUACCAGCUCUUAUCUGGCAGCACCAGGUGUUGAUAAAAACUCAGCGACUACUCAAGAUGUCCAUUAACACUGAAUUCUAAUUUAUUUCUCAUACUUCACCUUUAGUCUACAUUCCUGACCAGAUUUUGGGCUGGUGAAGUCCUUGGGUCACAACUCUGAGGCUGAAUGUCCAGGUUGCAACCUGUAUCCUAUAGAAAGUCCUCCCUUCUGCAGCAUCCAUUGCACAGGGACUGCACAGACCCCAUGCUGGCUUUCACCUAGCACAGCAGCUCUCAAUUAGGCACCGUGACACCACUAGUCUCCCAGAUAUAGCUUCAAGCUUCAGCCAGCCAUGCCUCUUUCUUUCUUUCUUUCUUUCUUUCUUUCUUUCUUUCUUUCUUUUCUUUCUUUCUUUCUUUCUUUCUUUUUCACAGGCAGAGCCAAGGUAAACAAGGUCAAGACAACCAAAGAGGCACUUGUUCCUUUCAGAAGGAGGCAAAGCGACACUUAUCACCUACAUACAGAGAAACAUGACACGUCAGGGAGCAGUACCUUGUGGUUUCUGAGCAAAGUGUACCCCCCAUCCUUUAUCUGCCAACCUCCAUUUAGUCUCUGAAAACAAACACUGCCAUAACUGUGCAUCCUUUCCCUGGACACAGAGUGUUUCCUAAAACAGAAGUAGGCAAUAAGAGUAAAACCUGAGCAAAGCCGGAAGAACAAGAUUCAAAGGCCAAGAAAGGGUAACACCCAUUUCUGAAUCUUGUCUGGAUUCUAGGGAGUCUAGAGAAGGGAUGUGGGCAAAUGAUUAAGGUCCCACACAUUAGUAAUGCUAUCCACCAGCGGGUACCUAACACUGUCCAGGACUUCUCUAAUCAUAACCUGGGAGGGCAACUGACACAUAGGACACUCCACAGCCAAAGAACAGGAACCACAGCAAUGGCAGUGAUGCUGCAGCCAGACACCUUCCUGUCUGGAGCCCACUGUCAGGCGGCCUCACCCUUAGGCACUCCAGGCUAGCACAUUCUCACAACUAUAACCCUUAAUGCAUUAAGCUUCAUCCUUAUUUUGUUCUGCUCCACUUGUUACAAAAGCUAAUGCUCCCAAGAAGGCUGUCCUAACUGAGGAUGGUGCCAAAGGGCAGGUGUACAGGAUUGGGACUCUAUUGACUUCUUUUGGGGACAAUAAAGAUUAAAAGUAAAACCAAACAAAAUUGAAUAAAACAACAGAAGAACCAAAGAGCGAGCAUGUGAAGCAUACAGAUGCAGAAACACAGAGAAACUCCAUGAACACACAAUACCAGAAACUGUAACACAUAAGCAAAAGAUCUGACAGGAAAAGAAAAAGAAAAAAAGGAACAAAAGUGUCCAAACAAAUCAUUGAGACAAGGAACCUACAAAAAUUGAGUUCAUCUUGUGUUGGCCAUCUACUGCUAGGCACAGUGAUACUCACUGUGUCGCAGAAAACUAAUCUUUCCAUUGUGAACUUAUCAGUUGCAAAUAGCUUCUGGUUUAGGGAUGGUCACUUGUAUCUACUUCCUCUCUCAAAGCUGGGAACCCGCAAACUGUCUCUGUGAGUUCACAUGUGCACCAGCCCUACUAUGUUUGGAAGACAUGUGUGUAUGUCACCAGCAAGUGUUCAUCUACCUAUGGCCUCCUUAGGUCUAAUGCCCAGGACAGGAUACAUGGCCACUAAGAUGACAGACAGCAGCACACAGCUACUGCCUUAGACGUUUUGUUAGAGAAUGUUGGUUUCCAGCAGAGGUAGAAUUAAAUUGCUUUUGCUGAGGGAGGGCAAUCAAACACCAAACCAACAGUUUCCCUUUCCCUGCUGAGGCCAAUGGUCUGUCACAUGGUGGGGGCUCUCCUCCCUUCUCCAACUAUCACAGCAACACAGAGGCUUCUGCUGUUUUUUUUUUUUUUUUUUCUUUUUUCAGAUACAAAGCCUGUCACAAGCAGGCUCCUCUCCUAGGAGGUAGGGCUGGGCCUCAUGGUCUUGAAAGCCUCAAAUUAGAGCCCCUGCUUCAUCAAGUAUUUAGUACUCCUAGAUCUUGCAGUAAGGUUUUACAGAACUGAGAACAGUGACUUAGCUGGGAGUCAGAAGUCAUGUUCAAAACUCCUAUCCAAGAGAAAACUGAAACUUCAGUUUUAUGGGACUACCCUCAAGUUCUAAAGGUAAGCAGGUAACCCAGGAGAGGCUAAUGUAGGAAGCCCUGAGCUGUGACACACAGCACCAUGUUUAUUUUAUUUUAUUUAUUUAUUUUUGGUUCUUUUUUUCGGAGCUGGGGACCGAACCCAGGGCCUUGCGCUUCCUAGGCAAGCGCUCUACCACUGAGCUAAAUCCCCAACCCCGUUUAUUUUUAAACUUACACAAAAUCCAGAUUUCAAAGACAUUACCAUCUAAUGGGAAGCUAAUAAAGGUAGUUCUUAAGCAAGAUACAUUAAGGUUAUGCUUCCUUAUUUUUGGGGGGUGGGGGUGGGUGUCUUCUGUAUCUGUAAGCUAGACUAUGGGUAGACAUUUAACCGAAAAUGAACCUUACCUCCUCCCUGCAUCAUUUUGUAGAUCUUGCUCUCAAUGUGGAGCUGAGGAUGUUUGGUUUUGACACAUUCAAGCUUGAUGGCAACUUCUUCUCCUGCAGCAAUGUCCGUACCUUAGGAAGAAAACUAAAUGUAUUAUUCUGUGUCUACCACACAGCCCAAAGCUUGCAGCAGAAAGAACCAGUGCUAUUUAAUAUCCUCUACAUCUUUGUAAGGCAAGAACCCAACCCUUGCACAUGGCUGGAACCAUGCUGUAGAACCAUACCUUAGAGCACUGGCUUCCUGAGAUGGACUAACCAUAGCUGCUCUGUACCUCCUAUUAAGAGAAGGUACUGCUGGCUGACCAACACAGAAAGCGAUCUUUAUUCAAAAACAUGUAAGAAAAUCUCUUUGGCAUUCUACCUUCCGUUUUUACCUGUACCCACUGUACCCACCAGCCAAUCAAUGUAGCUGCAGGCCCCACUCCUUCUACCCACUCAGGGUAUACCAAGGCAGAGCAAUAGGAUGCUUCUCUGUGAUGGUUUGAUGGCCUUCUGGAGUGUGCUUGAGUCUCCCAGGAGGAGGAGAGCUGGGUUUUCCCCUAUUCUCCCUCCUCCCAAUCUCAGGCCAGACAAGCCAGACGUCUACCUACACAUCUCAACAGUUCUUACAUGGACACAAUCAUCUCCAAACAAACCACCACAGGCUUAUCAGCAAAGACCCUCAACUAAACCAGGGAACAACUCCCUACCCCUUCUUUUUGUAGAUCAGACUGUCCUUCAACUCAGAAAUCUGCCUACCUCUGUCUUUCAAAUGCUAGGAUUAGAGGCAAGUGACACCCUCUCACCCUCUUGGAGACAAAGCCCUGGCCAGUUCUGCCUCUGCAACACAAAAUACAGUUUUUAUUAGUUUGUAACAAUGUUAUAACUAGAGCCUAGGAGUUUGGAGGAAAAAGGGUUUUAUGUGUAAGUGUCCCUUUCAUGCUUUGCUCUAAAGGUUCCUGCAUAAACGUUCCUCAGUCUACCUUCCAAGAUGCUCUGGACUUUGCCUCCACAUGGUACAUCCAGGUGCUUAAUAAAAACAGCCUAAUGUACCAUGCAGCCCUCCUCCUUGGCAGGUUGUUUCUAAGAAAAAGCAAUUCUAUACUUCCAGGACUGUAGUUAUUUGAAAAGGAUUAACAUGGAUUUUUAAUAGAGCCUGAUACAACCACCCAUGACCAGGGUCUGUGCUGUGUAGACAAGGUGUGGACUGAGCAGCCUGACUAGCUCUCUGUGACUCACUCUCUUUUGUCAACUGGGACAGGAGGGAUAUGUAAGAGUUUCAUUGGGAGCUGAAGAAACAAAUGGUUAAUGAGUCCCUGAGGUAGACAGUAGACAGUGGAGCAAGGCCCAUAAGCAUAGGGACAACCUAAGGCCAAAAACUGUGUCUCCUGCCACCCAAGAUCACAGAGUAAUCAUUCUGGUCUGUCAGAUGACUGCUACUCUGAGAACAUCUGGGCUGAAAGCCAAUCUCCAGUGCUGUAGAUCCAUAAUAACAGGAUCUAAUCAUUGCCACUGGCCAAUCUAGGUUUAAGAACUUCAUUUACUGUUCCACAAGAAAUCUUUGGAGGCCUAGUAUAAGUAAGAAGCAAUAUAUCUUAUUCUUCUUGCCUAUAGGCAGAGCAACUUAUCCACUUACACAAGAAAUGACUUCAUCUAGAACGCAUCUCAGAUGAAAAGUGACCUCUGGAUUCCUUUAAGGACCUGGACUCUGAGCUGAACUUGCCAGCCAGGAGCCAUGGUGACUCACGUCACCAGUUAUGUCAGCGACUCUCUGAACCCCAAAGCAGUACUCUCUGGGACAUCAUACCACCCUUGCCAGCUGGCAGGUCCACAGGGACAAGAGGCUGGGGCCAACCAGCCUACUGGAUCAGGACCUUCAGGAAGGUAGAAAACGCCCCUAACUUUACCCUUCUGUGGCUCCUACAGCUCACGCCUUGACAAAUCACCUCUGUGCUAUGCUCAGCCUUGGGAACAAAUGACCAAUGACAAUUCUACAACAUAAUGUGAAUUAAACCAUUUCUCCCCAUCCCCACCUUUUUUUUCUUUUGGUUUUCAAGAAAGUUUCUGUGUAGCUCUGGCUGUGCUGGAACUUGCUCUGCAGACCAGGCUGUCCUUGAACUCAGAGAUCUGCCUGCCUCUGCGGAGAUUAAAGGUGUGAGCCACCAUCGUCCAGCUAAAAUACAUUUUUUUUUCAUGCAGCCAAAUGCCAUAUAAUAAUGAAUUACAUCUUUUCAUAAAGCCAAUGCCAUUUGUCACUUUGUCACAAAAAAACCUGUAGGAUCUAUUAAAAGAGCUGUACUGCCUGCAUCUGAUAGUCAGGAGAGUAGCAGAUGGACACAGGACAUACGAACUUGAGAGGACAGACAGCAUAAGACCUACUCCAGACACUUCAUCACUUUUGUAGAAAGACCAAGCAGCUUCAAGCUCCAUCUGUCUUACAGGUGCCAGUGCAGGCACUGGUUUGGCCCUGUAUGUCUGUCCUAUCACCCCAGAGGGCCACAUCUCCUAAGCCCCACUAGCAUGAUAAUCUAGUCCAGACCUUACACUGUUCCUGAGCCAAACACAGAAGGACCUAGGAACUCUGGUAGUGACUUAUACUUCUGAACUUUAUAAUACCAGAUUCUCUACCAUAUAUAAGUCUGAUAUAUGCUACCAGAAGACACUAGUACCUAAAGAUGCCACUGUAAUCAGGGGAUCAGAUACAGAACAGACAAAAACAUUAUUCGGGAGCCCUAAGGUUGAACAGUCCAAAAGGUUAUAUGACCCUAACUAACACAGUGUACCACUCUGUCUAGGGCAGGAAGGGAACACUGAAUGACAAGCCCAGAUGCUGGUCACUCUCAUCAGGAUCUAGCUUGUCUGGACUGGAGAGAUGACCCAGUAGUUAGAGUACUGGAUACUUUUCCAGAGGACCUGGGCUUAUUUCCCAGUAUCCACAGGGCAGUCAACACCUGUCUUAUAACUCUAAAUAGUAAAUUAGACAUCCUCUUCAGGCUACCCCAGGCACUGCAAGCACGUGGUGCACAGACAUGGAAGCAGACAAAACAUAUUUUUAAAAAAAGAGAAAGCUAAAUACAACAACAGAACAGUUGGGCAGUGGGCAGGUCUUCACUGGGGAGGCAGAAACAGGCGGAUCUCUGAGCUCGAGGUCAGCCUGGACUACAGAGUUUCAAGAUAGCCAGGGCUAUGUCUUGAAAAACUGAAAAAAAAAAAAAAAAAGAAAGAAAAGGAGAUUUAUUUAAUUUGGUCGCACUGGGCAGAACAACAAAAGGAAAUCUAGUGACUCCCCUGUCCCCAUCACUCAGGUACUGACUUAAGGUUCAAUGCUGCCCUAGGGUUUUGACUAUAUAGGACAUCUACAAACAUGGUAGGCACACAAGGCCCAGGAUGGACCCUCCUGCAACUUCAAACACGGGCAAGAAGUAGGCAAAAUCAAGUUGUGGUUCCACCAUUAUUGUCUCAGUUCUAGAUCUGUUCUGCAAGGUAAUCACAUAAGCUGUCAGAACUGUGUGAAUUCUUUUUGGGCAAUCAGUUCCUUUUUGGGUGGUACAGGACUACAGCCUUGACUUUUCUCCAACAACGGGUAAAUUUAAUUCUUUGAUGUCUGGCAUAGUGGGUUACACACUACCCAGCACAGGGGCAGAGUUUAGAUUCCUAGCACCUAUUUAAUGCCAGGUAGGUAUGGCAUCCCACUUGUCACCCCUACAUGCAGGAGCACAGACUGGGUUUCUGGAGCAAGCUUGUUAACUAGAUUAGUCAAAUUGUAGAGUUCUGGUUUCAAGUGAGAGAGAUUGCCUCAAUAUAUAAAGUAGAGAGGGACUGAGAAGCCACUGAUGUCAGCUUCUGGCUUCCACAUGUAUAUGUACUCUACGCAUACAUGCAUUCACAUGUAAACACAUAUGCGUGUAGGCACACCACAUGCAUACACAACUUUUCAUAAAAGACGUCUUUCCUGUUGAAUGCCGUUGUGAGAUCGAAGUACCACUCUCAUUUACCAAUUGAAAUUGUGAGGAGAAAAAUCAGAUGAAAAUGCUACUAAGUUUUAACUCCCAAGGGAUGCUUAGGCACAUCAUGAAAUCUGACCUCAUUGUCAGCUGAGGUGCAGAGGAACCGGAAUAAUGGAUAACGAACUAAUUUAUACAGAGGACAAUAAACUUCCAUUUUGCCAAUGACAUGCUCAGGACUUCACUGCUUGCUUCCAGAGGAGAAAUAAGGAUGAAAACAGUAGUAGAUAAUGCUUGCCUUGCCCCUCUUGCACUUUGUAGGUUGGGCCUAUACUGUUCCACUGAACAGACCUUCACUUACUUCCUAACACUGGACAACAUGGCCCACACAGCCUAGCCUAUCCUGCAAACUCUUCCCAAGUUACCCAUGCUCCCUUUGGGCUGGGAACAAACUUUUAUUAUUAUUAUUAUUAUUAUUAUUAUUAUUAUUAUUAUUAUUAUUAUUAUAGUAUAAUCUCUGUUUUAAAAUGUUAUCUAGUAGGGACUGAGGAGAUGGCUUAGCAGGUAAGAGCACUAGCUGCACAUUAACAGUCUGUAACUCCAGUUCCAGGGGCUUCUAUGCCCUCUUUUGGCUUCCAAGGGCAUUGCAUACAUACCAUAUUCAGACAAAACAUUCAUAUAAAGUUAAAAAAAGAAAAGAAAGUUAUCAAGUGGCACGGUACCAGCAAUAGAGCUUUCCUCUGGUUUCCAAAGUGAUAGAAACAUCAGUUCCAAAGCAACACACACUGGGGUGAGGUUAGGGCAGAGAGGCUGCUUCAAUCAGCAAAUGCUCCUGUCCAAGGGUCAUCUACAGGUAUGCAGGCAGUGGCCCAUUCUACAUCUGGCUGGCUUAGACAAAGAGUGAGACUGGGUUUUCUAAAAUCUGGGCAAUCAAGAAAUAAACUCAUGAUAUCACUUCCCCCUGAAGAGAGUUUUAGAGAAGACAAGAACAAUAACAUGGUGGGCCACUACAGACUUUCCUCCUGCCUGUUGCCAUAGCAGGCCACCAGGGAAGGAACAAGCACAGGUUUAAUGACUUAUGACCACACUUUUACAUAUUUCUAUGUAAAAAUGUCUCAGGAAGAAAUAUAAAAAAAAAAACCCAGGCUUAAAACAGGGAGAACCUCGCUGGAAGAAUAAAGUGCCUUAUGAGGAAUACCAAAGAGGAGUUUUAGGAAUAUUUUUCAACUACACUUGCACCAGAAUGCAUGUCACACAGACUUCAAGAUGAGGAUCCAACUCCACUCAUACUCACGUGGCUCUUGACCUAUGUAUGGUAUGGGUGAGCCAACCCAUCCGCUGUCUUCAGGUCCUCUGUCUCCAAUUGUCUUGCAGACCUGCUUUUCUAGCCUAUCUUACUCUGAAUCGCUCAGUUCAUGCUCAGUUCCCCAAGGUAGCUUGAAAGGACAGUGAUGAGAGCCAAGUGGAAAGAGAGAAGACUGGCAGUGCCUAAUCCCUGACAGAAAGCACACUGUGAGGCCAGCAUGUUGGCACACAGCACUCACAAGGUAGAUCUCUGAGUUCAAGGCCAGCCAGUGCUACAUAGUAAGACCAUGUCUUAAACAAAACAACAACAAAACUCAUACCAUAACAGAUAAGCCAGUGACUCUAACCCUAACCCAGUGUCCAUCUUGGAGCAUAACAGAGGAGUCACCAAAUUAAAACUUUCUGGAAAAGGUUAGCUCACAUGAUCAGCUGCUGUGCCCAGGCCUAUGUCUAAGCCAGCCACCACCUACACACUGUAGAAGACCCUGCCCAGGAUGUGUAUUCGCUGGUUCAAGACAGUCUUUCAGCCCUUUGUCCUGUCCCUGGCGUCCCCCUGCUCCGGAUGGAGGUGAUUUUUUUCUUUCUCUUUUUUAGGGCUGUAGGAACCAGGUGGGGCAGAAGGGAUGUGACUGAGUAAGGUGCAACCCCAGACACAGCUUGCACUCUCCUGGAGAAGGAUUUACAUCUCUGAACGACACAUGACCACCAUAGCACAAAUGGUUGUUAGAACCAAUCUUCAGAAAGAACAAAACCUUUUGGCAAAAUCUCAGGGAACAAAAAGUUUCAAAAUACCUAUUUUCUAAUGCCCACGAAAGGGUGGCUAAUGGAUUGGUUUUCAGUAUAGCUCCUAUAUCCUGAGGUUAAACUUCUGCCAAAAUCUAUUGUUCUAAAAAUAAGUCAAACAGCUCCAAUUUACCCAGCACUUUUGACUCCCAAACACUGCCGAGAAGGCAUCUGGCUGACUCCUUGGAUAUAAAUAUUUAAGUAAGCAAACCCUAAGUCUCUCUAAAGCAUAUUUUACUCAUCAGACCACUCUGGCAAGAAGUUCAGGUUCAAAGGCAUUGAUGUAGCACAUCGCAGGGUUAGCCUAACCAGGCACCAUACGUACUUAUGAGCUACCCAAAUGGGACAGUUGCUCACCCAACACGGCCAGCUACCAAGGUCCUAAGAGGAGUUAGAGUACAAGCUGUUAAACUUGGGAAGCUUGAAAGGUGAGGCCCAAAGCAUUGCUUCUUACUGACUCUCCAUUAGAGAUACAACAGCCAAACAAAUGCUGGAGAUGGGCUACUGUUCAACAGAACACGGUUACCUCUAACAGGAUGUUCACCACCAGAAAGCUCCAAGUACCAAGGGGCUUUGGAAUAACUUAUAAUUCUAAUAAAUGCAGGGGGUAGUUUAAAAAUCCCAACUACCGGGUUUAAGCAAACCUUUAAUCACACGUAUAUACAUGCAUAGCCUUUCACCAUAUUAAGGUGGACAUAACCCAGGAUAGUUUAACCCCAAGUCUAGGAUUCUCAUGUCUACCUUUAGAGUUCUGAAAGCCGCCAUGAGAACUUUCACACCGCUUGUCUCCCCUCUAUUCUGCCAACAUCUUGACACUGAAUGUAUCUGCAUUAAUCAAAACUUCAUUCCUGUUGAUUUCCAGGUGUCCAGGAGUCAACUUAGAUGCUCAACAUAUCCUGAAGACCCCAGCCAAACCAAGGCCUUUCAGGCCAGGCACAGGGAACAUUUUCAGUCCUGUUUUGGAGUUAAGGUGGCAACCAGGAGGCUAUGGGUGAUCCCUUCAGCGGGUCAGCUAACUGGAGAUACCAUUGUGGAAAAGGGCAGGCCCAGACAGCCCCAAGAACUCUUAGAAAUCAGCCGGUCAUUUCCCCAUUUCUGACUGGGACACUCCCCACCUCCACACUACAUUUGGAUUGUUUUGACAUCUCUCCCACACGCAGGAAAACAUCCAGGACCACACUGCAGGGAUGAGGAACAGUACCAGACCCUUUUUCAGAGUAGAGCAUGGCCUUUGUUUACCGCGGUGACCUUAGGUGGGGGAGGAUGCUGACGCCCGGCCCAGGCCCUGCCCCUCCGAGCCCCACCCUCAGCGCGAUGCCUUCCCUUGCCCCGCUCUCCCCUCCCCCUCCUCGCUGCCCCCCGGCCCAGGCCCGCUGUCCUUUUCCCACGCCCUCUGACACCCCACAACCUCUGGCCAAGGCCCGCUGCCCCCCGCCUCUAGGCCUUGUUCUUCCUCUCCCGGGUCCCCGACCACUCCCCAGACACGCUCCGAGCUCUUCACCCACGGUCCUGCAGUCCCCAAGCCCAGCUGUCCCCCAGCCCUUCCCCGCACCCCACCCGACCUGCCGCGCCCAGCCCCCCGGCCGCGCUCGCACAGCGGCCGUUGGUGUCUGGCCACGGCCAGUGGCCGGGCCCUCGGACUGCGGAGAUGCCGAGCGGCCGAGUGUCCACUACGGCCCUGCGCAGGCCUCGGCCUGCCGGGGACCCCGCCCGCCGACCCGCAAGACUCCCCGGUGCUCGAUGGCGCUGGGCCUCACCGAGAUAGAUGUCUCCGAAGGAGCCGCUGCCGAUCUUGCGGCCCAGUCGGUACCUGUUCCCGACCCUCAGCUCCAUGGCAGCGGUGCGGCUCGCUACUGCCCGCCCGGCCGCUUCCUGGGUCUGCGCUCCGGGAGGCGGCGCCGCUGCUGCCGCUACUGCGGGUCCGGUCCGACUCCGCCCCCCUCACGGCCCCGCUUUCACCAUCGCUUUCUGGUCGCCCCGUCGCUCUCAGCGCCUCAAUACGGGGCGGAUGGGACAGUCCGAGCGCCGCCGCCGCUGCUCCGGCCCCUGCCGGCCCCGCUCGCCCUCUCCCCGCCGCGGAUGGACUCGGAUCUUCCGGGCCUAAAUCCCCCUUCAGCUGCCUAAAGGAGCCGCCGCCAUCGCGCUGUGACGUCACUUCCCCUAGCAACCCAAGGGGGCGGGGGCCACCGUGCUCGGGGGCGGGGCUUGGCUACUUGAUGGAUUGCGCAGUCGCAACCAGGCCUGUUUCUCUGUCCCAGUAUCCGCCGUUCCCGAAGGAUGACUACAGCUGGUCACUUUGGUCUUCCUAUCUGUCUCCAACAGAAGUCUGAGGAAGCUAAGCUAUGUGUGGGCCAUCUGCCUGGAGAACAAGUCAACAUUUUUAUCUGGUCUGUAUUGGAUCUGAAUGUUCUUCCUGACAAACACAAACAUGAAUUCUGAAGUUCAGGCCGGAGGCCAGCUUCCAAGACUUGGCUGUCCAUUCUGACCACUGGGGAGGGCCUAUGGAGGAGCCACCACACAGGAGGUGCACCCUAACCAGGAGGGGACAACCUUCCAAAUAGAUGCUUCUCUAGGCCCACUCCCACCCAGCUAGGAACAGAAGAGUCAUAGAUCAAGGGAAUGCUUACAUUAGAGCUCUCUGCACAGGGUGUAAAUCUGCUGUCACCUCAGCACCGCCUGCCUCGUGGGCAAGAGAAGCAGUUCAGCGAUUGCCCUGCAGAAACACACGGAGCUCAUAUGUCUCCUAGUCUCCUGGCUCGGCCACCCUUCCCCUUGGAGGUCCCGCAGUGCCCGCCUGCACACAGCUGACAGUUGGGUUGGGGAAUGUUACACAGUGUAGCUGGAGACAGAAGACACCAGAAGGCAAACUGAAACCAGUGGUCACCGAGAGGCGGGUAGGUUGGGAACUGCCCAGCCUUUUAGUCCAGGAGUCAGGGCCAGACUGGACCAAACUAGUAAAAAUAAUCUUACUGGCAGAA